CCCAAAUUUUUUUUUUCACAACCAAUCAAAUCGCUUUAAAAAAAUAGUAUGUCUGGAUUUAAUAUUGCUACACCCUCUAUGCAAACACCUGCUAUGCAGACACCCUCUAUUCCAACUCCUAACCACAAUUCAACUCCAUUUGCAUUACCUUCAACACCAGCUCCUUUAGAUGCACCCACACCAAGUAGAGAUGCUAAUCCCUAUGCCGUAGCUGGCAUCACACCAACCUUGCAAAAUAUUGUGGCCACUGUGAAUUUGGAUUGUCGUUUGGAUCUGAAGACGAUUGCACUUCAUGCACGUAAUGCAGAGUAUAAUCCAAAGCGUUUUGCAGCUGUGAUUAUGCGUAUUCGAGACCCAAAGACGACAGCCUUGAUCUUUGCUUCUGGCAAGAUGGUGGUGACUGGAGCUAAAAGUGAGGAUGACUCAAAAUUGGCAGCUCGUAAAUACGCUCGUAUCAUCCAGAAAUUGGGAUUCCAAGCAAAAUUCACAGACUUUAAAAUUCAGAAUAUUGUGGGUUCGUGUGAUGUCAAAUUCCCUAUUCGUCUUGAAGGGUUGGCCUAUUCCCAUGGUCACUUCAGUUCCUAUGAACCUGAAUUAUUUCCUGGUCUCAUUUAUCGUAUGGUCAAGCCCAAAAUCGUCUUGCUGAUCUUUGUUUCUGGCAAGAUUGUCUUGACGGGUGCCAAAGUACGAGAAGAGAUCUAUCAGGCUUUCCAAGCUAUAUAUCCUGUACUCACCGAGUUUAGAAAGCCCUAAAUAAUUAUGUAUAAACCUUUUUUUUUUCAUCUUUUCCUCCUUUUCUUUUCAUGUAUCAUAUUUCCAUUUUAUUAUUCUUGGGGUGUGCACUCCUACACCUAUAUCUCUUUUUUUUUUUUCUUUAAAUCAAUAAAUAAACGUAAAAGUAGUUUAUAUCAAUCAGUAA